GAUUUCGUAUGCCGUGUUUGUUUGUUUUUCUCGUCCAAGUGAGAGGAUUUUUCCUGCGUGCUACAUUGCAUAAGCCGGAUAAGGAGUCGUGCGUGUUUUUUCUUGCGUUACUUGUGUCAGAAAUACUUUUUACUGUUUAAUCGUGGUGCAUACGAGUUAUGACAUUUAUGACUAAUUGUUCUUGAAUUACAGACUUAACAAUGUUGACUGGAAUUUUUAUCGUCUGAUUGUUUGAUUUUGUAAACAGGCAAUAAUUGUGAACAUUUUUCCGGUUGUUUUUUCUGUCAAAACUCUAAAAUGAAACUUAUUUUUAUUUUAUCUAAUCAAGUUGCGCAUACUUCAAUGCCAUUUCUAUCAGUUGUCGGAAAGAUUGCUCCUCCCGCAACACCACUACAAAAUUUCACAUACUAUUGGAAACAGCUUAUGAACUUCUAUGUUAAUCAUUUGAAUGACUCAAGAGUACUGGUCGAAUGUACUGGAAUUCCAAGACACUUGGAUCGUCUUUUAGAGCUUUUACUUGAAGAAGAAAAACAUGUGGAAGAACCUGGUCCUUGUCUGGAGUACUUACUCCAACACAGAUUAUUGGAUCUCUUGGCGACUCUGGCCUGUGCCGAAACACCACCCGGGAUGAGAUUAGUGUGUUUAUCUUUUAUUAAAAAAUUAUUGACUAGAUCUAAGCAUCCACUUUUACAUCAUGCAUCAGUAUAUGGUCCUGUUCAAAGACUUAUAGCUAUUUGCAAUGGAAAUCUUGCCUCACCCAUUGAAAAUGAGGAGAUACAUUUUCUAAAUAGCAUAUGUUUUUUAGUUUGUAAGUACCCACAUGUAACAAAUAUAGUCAAUGAUUCCAGUAAUGUUAGGCCAGAAAAUAGUUAUCAGAAAUCUGAAGCAGAAAAGUCUGACGUUGAACAGGUUACUUACAUUCCAUUUAAGAAGUCAAACACGAAUAAUCCAUUAUUCAAGCCUUUAAAUACCCAAGUUGUAACUUUAGUCAAUCCUGAGUUGUUCAAAUCAAGUAAACCACAAUUGAACGACGAAAUGAAUAAAUCAAGUCAGAUCUCCGAAGAAUCGCAAGAAAACAAGCCGUCCAAUCACGUUCUCAAUAAUUUGACAAGAUCGAAUUCUUCUUCACAAUCCAGUGGAUCGUCCAGAGACGUCGCAGCAGUCGACUCCUCCGCUUACGAUCCAGUAUUGGAAGCACUGAGCGAUAUGCGAAUCGUCGAGGAGUGCAUAUCGAGCAACGAUGAUAAUAAAUCAAGAAGCAGUAAACACGAUAUCACAUUGAGUGAUUCGGGAAUACCCGAGAAUUCAAAGUGUUUGCUCUUGGAUGCCCUGAAGAGCUAUGUAAAUAGUGCUGAUCAUACCGUUCGGAUCAGAGCAUGCGAAGGCAUAAUGGUCCUAGCGUCGCUGGACGAUCCAUUUUUUGCCGAUGUAGUGGCCAAAAGUGACUUAUCCACUGUCUUAACGCACCGACUGGAAAUGUUGUUCAAUCAGAUACCAGCUCAUGUGGAGCCUUUAGAAAUCGAUGAAAUCGAAGUUACUUGGGGCUUGGACUCGCCCCCGUUGAUGGACGAGAAAAAAUUUCCUGGAUGCAGAAAAGUCGCGGCUUUCUUCAUGUGGUUAGACUUUUGUGGCCAGCUGUCAAGAGAAGCGCAUCCAGACGUAGCCGAUGUUUUAGCUCAAACUAUACGAAUAGAUUUUUUAGAAAAAGUACUGACGCCUAAGCUUUCGGCUCAUCAUGCUAUACUGAUUACUGCUCUGGUGACGAAAUGCUUGAAAGAAGUGCCAACCUCGCCUUUGAGCACUGAAAUGGGCCGUUGGUUGGUAGGUCACCAAAGAGAACCUGACAUACCUGAAGUUUGGUGCUCACCGGUCAUUCAUAAGCUAAUUGAAAAUUGUCACACGGACAGCGAGGAGUUGACAAUCGAAACUCUCAAACUAUUCGAGGAGAUGAUUGAAAAGAAGGACGAGCAUAUUUUACAUUGUCUAGUCUUGACGUACUUAAAUAACCGCGGUUAUUACGAUAACAGCGCGGCUGACAGCGCAAUAGUAUCGUGGAGCGAUGAGGAGGACGAGCGUGAACGUGAAAAGAAAAGCUCCAUGGACAUGACUCUGGGUACGGGUCACAGUAGGACUCUGGCUCCAAGUAAUAUUCAUAGAAUAUUAAAUUGCUUUUUGUCCCUCGUUCCAAGACCACUGCAAACUGACUUGGAUAGCAAUUACAGUCGAUACAUGGUCGACUGGGAAAAACAGUACUCGAUCGUGGUCAAAGACUGUUCCCUCCUUGCUUGGCCUUUGGAGGCGGUAUCGAUGGAUGACUCCGCCAGCGUGAGUUCCAGACAUGAUACCGCUGACAGCGGUAGUAGUUCUAGCCGAUUUUAUCCAGGACCUUUUCUGACUAUGCUGUUGGACAAAGUGAGCAACAUAGUCAAGCAAAAGUACGAGAUAAACUUGCAGUUGACGGUAUUAGUUUCAAAAUUAGCUUUGCUGCCUCAUCCGUACCUGCACGAGUUUCUUUUGAAUCCACUGAUACCAUUAGUACCUGGCAAAAAGAGUUUAUUUAUUUGCUUGCAAAGGGUUGUCAAACAACUGAUGAACGAAGUUCCUAAAAUACCAAAUUUCAAGCAAGCCCUCAAAGAAACUAGAUUGAAAUUCUUUGAAGAGUGUUGCCCAGCAGCACAUUCAAGCAACCACGAGGGAUCCGAUAGAAGUAAAGAAGAUAUUAUUUUAUUGGAGAGUGUGAUAGUUACCGAAGAAUUUUGCAAAGAAUUGGCGGCCAUUGCCUAUGUCAAAUAUCAUCAUUCCACGUAACGUUAAAAUGCGAGUUAAUCGUAAAGUUGUUAGUUGUAAAUAAUUUUUACUUAGAUAUUUAUGAGAAAUUAUUUAAAUUUCAUCGACGCUUACUAGUCAUUCAAUUUAUCGAACUUUCAAUGAAUUCUUCAUCAAAGCUCUCGAGAAUAUUUACAAAAUAGAGGAUUUAAAAAAGUAUAAAAACACUGCGCAUAAACACUGUUGUAAAUAUUUCGAUUUUUCAAUUCUUCACGGAAAAGAAAUUUGUAAAACUUGCAAUCAUUUUCAUGCACAAUUAACAAAUAUUUGUUAUAGAAAUAAAUUUUAAACCAAAAAACACUAAAGUU